AUGCUGCCGUACCUGUUCCCCGAUCUGUCCACCUUUACUACAGUCGCCGAUCUUAUCACCCACCUUCGCACUAGUGAUGCUCGCCUGCGUGCCGCCCUUCCCACCGAGUUCUGCGCUAAGAACCCCCCUCCACUGUACUGGACACUCCACUUCAUAGUCACCCGUCUCCCUGACACCCUCCGCUCAGUUCGAGACCACUUCCUUGCUCGCUGUCCCACUGAGCUCACAGUCGCCCUCCUAGAGGAGCACCUGCUAGCGGCCGAGAAGAGCAUUGUAGCUGUCGGUGCUGCUCGUGGCGCUCCUCGCACCCCCAUCUUUGAGGGGUGUUCUCCCUCUCCCCUCGCUCCCUCCUACGCUGCUGCUGCUGCUGUUGACUUCCUUGGUGCUGAGUCUGUUGGCGCUGCUUCUACUCCUGGUGGGAGGCGCCGCACCGGCAAGGGCAAGGGGGGCAAGGGUGGUGGUGGUGGCGCUGGGGGGGGAGGAGGUGGGGGAGGUGGGGGGGGAGGCGGUGCUGGAGGGAGCGGUGGCGGGAGCGCUGGUGGGAGUGGGGUCGGUGGUGGAGGCGGGGGCGGCGGAGGAAGCAGUGGCAGUAGUGGCGGCGGCGGCGGUGGCGGCGGUGGCGGUGGUGGCGGUGGUGGCAGUGGCGGUCGGAGCGGUGGUAGUGGUGGCGGCGGAGGUCGGAGUGGAGGCACUGGCUCGGGCCAGAGCUCCCAGCAGCAGCAGCGUCCCCAGACGACCCAGCAGCUUCGUGAGUGGCUUGCUCAGCGUGGGACGUCGGGGGCCAGUGGCCGCUGUUCUUAUGUCAUUCGCACAGGUGACCGCAAGGGACAGACGUGUGGGAGGUUCCACACCCCGUACCGCUGCUUCUCCCGCCUUGACGACGCUUGGCGUGAGGAGAUGGGUGCGGAUGUUGAGCGCCCCCGCUGGGCUGAGCUCAUGAGGGCUGGUGUUGAUGUCUUUGCUCUUGACUAUGAUGCUAUUAUUGCUGCCAUGUAUAGAGCCCGCUGCCCUGGGUACUAG